AUGAUUAGUUCGCAGCCGCACAUGGCGCCGAUGGUGCAUCCGGGGCUUAUUUUCCUAUUGAACGGACCUGGUUUUGAUGAUAGCCCAGAAGAGGGCCCAGAAGAGGAAUUGGACCAAGCUGUUGAGGAGCCCUCGAAAGACACAGACCAGGAGUCUGAGCAUACAAUUGACCUACUACGCAAGGAUUUGGAAGGAGAAACAGAUACAGAGGUGGACGAGCAGACGUUGCGGCGAAUACACGAGCUGGUGAACUUUGACGAGCACACAGCCGACACAAACGGUGGGUUUGGAAACCAUUUCCCGGGCAGCGUGCGCACGAUCAAACUGACCAGCGAAACGAAAUCGAACAUUGAUAGGGUCCUGCAGUCAGGCGCGAGCCGCAGGUCGUCACGCAAACGCCCGCGGGAUGUGGAAGCCAAGCCCAAGACCUCAUCGACUGCGGAUUCGGAGGAUUCGGACGGGUCGACUUCAAGCAAGAGGAGUGACUCCGCAUACGUUCUUGCGUCUGAAUAUUCCUCUGACAACGAAGACCAUACGAACGGGAACGGCGAGACGCGGGCUCAGAAACCAACGGCACCGCUAUUUUCGCGGAUUUUCGGGCGGUAG